CGCUUUCUUCUCUCCAGUCGCCACACAUUCUUCGCUACCACCUCCAAGACAAGUUGAGCACUGCUCAGCUUGGCAGCUUGCCAUCCAGGAGGAAGAAGAUAUUCUAGAGAUAAUCUAGAGAGAUCAGUUGCGUUUUGCGAGGCUGCGUGAGAGAGAUCAUCAUUAUCCAGCAAACCACCAUGGAGAACAUCAAGGGGGGGCAUGGCGCGGCGGCGGCGGGCGGCCGGAACGGGUGGAUGACGGUGCCGGCGUUCGGGGACUGGGACAUGAAGAACGGCGCGCUGCCGGACUACUCCAUGGAUUUCUCCAAGAUCCGCGAGAUGCGGAAGCAGAACAAGAAGGAGCUCUCCCGCACCAGCCUCGGCGGCGACGACGACCUCCUCGCCCAGCAGAAGCAGCAGCAGCCGCAGCCGCAGCAGAAGCCCGCCAAGGCCAACCUCGGCCGGCCGGCCGACGACCACCGCCACCGGCAACUCCAUGGCCGCCACGGCUCGCCGACGGGAAGGAGGACGUUUCUGAGCUACUUCCAGUGCUGUAUUAAGGCCUGAAGAAGGACUGUCAACUACUGCUAUUGGCUGUACUGUUGUGUCACAGUGCAAACUACUCAGCUUAUUUUUAGAUUAGGCUUCUUGGGCUUUGUCAAGCCUAGCAAGAUGUGUAAUAUAUUCGUCGUGAUGCUUAAUCUUUUGGUCAUUCAGAGAACAAAACUAUUUAUGAGUGGCACAGAUUGCUUGCGAAUUGAGGUGCAAAGCUGUAAUAUAUUGAAGGAUAAAUGGCAUCUUGUGUUUUUGUACGGUUGCAGAGGCAUGAUUGAUUUGGAUUUGUUUCUGCUAUCACGAGGAAAGAUAUAAUGCCUUUUUUUGGGGCGAGGAAGAAA